AUGGCGAGCGUACAUGAAAGUUUGUAUUUCAACCCAAUGAUGACCAAUGGGGUGGUCCAUGCCAAUGUGUUUGGCAUCAAAGAUUGGGUGACUCCGUAUAAAAUCUCUGUGCUGGCCUUGCUGUACGAGAUGACCACGUCAAAACCAAUUGCUCUUCAGGAAAGAAGGCGCUUGAACAAACUCAUCCUGCCUCUACAACAGGGUCCAGACUUGACUCUUGACCAAUUCCUGAAGACUGUGGAAGAAUGUUGCCCUCAAACAGCAUAUGCUGUGAAACUCCGGUUACAUGAAAUGGCUGAUGGAGAGCUGAAGGACAUGGAAUAUUUCUUUGCCACCCUCCCCACUCCUUUCAGCGCUAUUGAUUCUGAGGCGUAUAAGACCAGUGUUGUUGGCCUGUUCAUGAGACACAUGCUCCUGGCCUACAACAAGCUGUCCUUCAGCCAGGUGUACAAACUGUACAAAUCCCUGCAGCAGUACUACCACAGUCACUACGCCCAGCCAGGUGAUGUCCAGGUGGGGCUGCCUGCCCUGGCUGCAGAUGACUCUGACAUGGACCUCACCAGCACAGAGGACAACGUAGGGGAGAGGAUGGAGAAGGAGGAGCUGGAUACUGCACCGCUGCAUGAGUCUGAGCUAAGAAAUGAGGAUGCCCCAAGCAAAGGCCCACUCUCGCAGAAGCAAGCAGAGUACUUUCUUGCUAGACAAGCGUACCUUCUAAAGAAUGACGAGAACAAAGCCCUGAAGCCAUCUGCCCUGCAGGACGAGCUGAACAACAUGCUCAAGUUCAACCCUGACUUUGCUGAGGCGCAUUACCUGAGCUACCUGAACAGCAUGCGAGUCCAGGACAUCUUCAUCUCCACCCACAGUCUGUUACAUUACUUUGACCGCCUCAUCCUGUCGGGGAGCGAGGGAAAGAGCAACGGGGACGAAGGCUAUGGGAGAAGUCUCCGCUACGCUGCCCUCAACCUGGCAGCACUGCAUUGUCGCUUUGGACACUAUCAACAGGCUGACCUGGCUCUACAGGAAGCUAUCCGCAUUGCCCAGGAGUCCAACGAUCACGUGUGCCUGCAGCAUUGCCUGAGUUGGCUUUAUACUCUUGAACAGAUGAAAGGAUCUGACAGUUCUGUGCUAACUGAGGACUCAGUGAAAAUGGCUGCCCACUUCUGUCUACCGUACCUGGUGUCUCUUGGCAUUCAGUCCCUGGUCCAGCAGGGGGCGGUCCAGGGCAAGACAGCCCAUGAGCUGAUGGACGCUCUGAAGGACACAGACAUCCUGCACUGGAAGCACAGCCUGUCAGAGCUCAUAGACAUCAGCCUGGCUCAGACAACGUCCAUAUGGAGGAUGUAUGGCAAGAGCACCAUGGCUCAGCAGCAGGCCCAGCUCCUCCUGAACAUGAAUAGCCUGGAGCAGGUUAACUUUGGGGUCCAGCAGAACAACACAGAGGCCUUUGCUGUGGCCCUCUGCCACCUGGCUGAGCUUCAUGCUGAACAGGGCCUGUAUGGGGCUGUGUCUGAGGUCCUGAAGCAUCUGAAGGAGCAGUUUCCACCUCACACCCAACAUGCCAAGCUGUGGAUGCUUUGUGACCUCAAGAUCCAGUUUGACAGAGCUAUGAAUGAUGGGAAAUACCACUUGGCGGAGCCCCAUGUCACAGCCAUUGCUGCCUUGAACAAAACUGAGGGUCUUUAUAGGAAAGCUCAAGUGCUGAAGGCCUUGAACCGGACCACUGAAGCAUACAGUAUCCUGCAGAGGCUGCAGCUGUACUGCGAGAAGACCAAGUACACAGAGAUGAUCAUCAGGGUGAUGCUGGUCACAGCUGAGUUGCAUUGGGAGUCGUCAGGUUUUGCCACAGCCCUUCCUCUCCUGCUGCAGGCCCUGGCCCUGGCCAGACAACACCACCUACAGGCCCUGGCCUCCGAGACCAUCCUUCACCUGGCUUUCACUCAGUUGAUGCUGGGAGUGCCGGAGCAGGCUCUGGGUGUCCUUCAUGAGGCGAUGGAGCCCAUCCUGGCCCACGGAGCGGUCAUGGAUAAGGGCAGAGCUCUGCUGCUGGCAGCCCGCUGUCAGAUGGCCAUAGCUGGGACCCGGUCCAAUGGCCAGAGGCAUGCAGCUUUAGGCCUGGCUGUGCAAUCGCUGGGAGAGGCUGCAGCCUACUUCUCCAUGCUGGACUGUAAGGAGCGUCUCCGUGACGUCCACUACCUGCAGGCCCGGCUGCACCACACCCUGGGACAAACCCCCCAGCGCAACAAAUGUGCCAUGCUGUUCCGCCUCCUGGACCAGGAGCUGCAGGCGCCGGGGGCAGCUGUUGCCAUGCGACUCUGAACAGUCAUCACCACCCUGCCUUCUCCGACACAGACCAGAACAUAUACUGGUGUACUCUGUCAUUGUCAUGGACUUCACAUUCUAUCCUAUCUUUUGGUUCAAAUUGCAACAUUGCUUGUGUGUUAAAGAGUAGAGAAACAACUGGUUUAGGGCACUCCAAAUUUACAUUGCAAACUUGUAUCGUCUAUCUACAAUAUAAACAUAAGACUUCAAG